GAUGGGCGGAUAGAAGCGAGUGCGAGACAGCAGGAAGGACGAGAGCGCGAGAGAGAUCGGCCGGCGUGGUGUGAGGGAGACGACGGGAGAAGGCCGCGGUAGUCCUUCUCGGCUGGCUAGGUGAGAUAAGGAUGAGGCGGACAAACGGACUGACGAAGGUGCCCAAGGUAGGGGAUACUCAGUCUCGCGGCCACGUGCUACACGAGCGCACGCCUCGAGCCGGCCGGCGGUCCAGCCAGCCAGCCACGACGCUGUCUCUUCUUUGACAUCCCCGUAUCAUCCCGCACGCUUCCUCCCCGUCCUCCUCCGUCCGUACAUUUGUUCGUUAUUUUUUCGUCGGACGGAAUCAUCGAAAAGUCGUGCGACUUAGUUUUGAGCGCAAGCGAUUGGUGUGAUUCACCAGCAUGAUUCGGAGGGAAGAGCGCACGCAGUGAUUUCGAAGGAUUGGAAAGACACUCGGUUACUGUGGUAUUAGCGCCAGUGAUCCGCGCGACGACAUCUUUGAUCCUUUUCGACAGAUGAUUAAAAUUCUCUAUCGGAUAUCUUCAACGCGAGUGUCUUAUGGGAUAGAUAAAUAACGGUUUGAUGUGAUUGUACGAAGAACGAUCGCAAACUGUUUGACAACAAAGUGGGUGGAUGAAGAACGUGCAUCGACUGUGUGCUUUCUGUGCUGGAUGACCACGAGCGAUGACGCGUGUCGUUGCGACGGAUUGACGUGUUCGUUGGCGCGACAGUGCGGAGAGCUGGGCGGAGUAUUUGUUCAAAACAAACGCCGAGAGGAAGGGAAUAUACGAAAACGUCACAGGAAAAUUUCACAAAUUGAAAACUGCAGGUUGUGCGUGAAAACUGCAGAUUUUCAGUGACAAGCGCGACGACACGGAAAAAGCAGGCAAAAUGUUGAUUUGUCACGUCAGAGAAAAAGAGGGCAGGUCGGGUUACAGGCCAAGACGAUUGACACCGAGGGAUUAAAGCGCGUCGAAUGGAUGUGGGUGAUUUAUCAGGCCUCGAAGGAUUGGUAGGGAGUGGAUCCAUCUCGGUUGCGACGGGUGUUGGUAUCAACACGACAUCCGUCACCCCAGGGUGGUGGACGCCUACGUCGACGAUCACCUCGGCAGCCGCCAACACCGACGUGAUGAAUCAGCUCUGCAGGGUUUGCGGAGAGCCGGCCGCGGGUUUUCACUUCGGGGCCUUCACGUGCGAAGGCUGCAAGUCCUUCUUCGGGCGCACUUACAACAAUCUGGGCAGCAUCUCCGAAUGCAAGAAUGGCGGCGUCUGCGUGAUCAACAAAAAAAACCGCACCGCGUGCAAAGCGUGUCGCUUGCGGAAGUGCCUGAUGGUGGGCAUGUCCAAGUCCGGUUCGCGCUACGGCCGGCGCUCCAAUUGGUUCAAGAUACACUGCCUGCUGCAGGAGCAGUCGCAUCAAGCGCAAAAUCGUCUGAUCAAAGAUCCCAAGUCCGCCUACGAGAAGGCCUUCGGCUCGUUGGACGCCGCGAACAACAACAACAAUAAUAACAACAACACAGAGAACGCCAGUAACACCAGCGCCAGCAGCAUCGCCGGUAUCACCACGGCAACCACCACGGCGAACAGUUACCAUCAUCCCCUGCAUCAUCAUCAUCAUCCGGAUCGAUUGCCCAAGCGGGAAGACAGCACGCCCAGACCGUCGGACAUCUCGAUGCAGCUUCGGUCGCCCGAGAUUCCGCCGAGGACCAGCCAAGACGCGAUUCUGAGGUCUAGUGAUCUUCCAAGGAGUCCGCACGAACUUCUCAGGCCAGAGGUUUCGAGAUUUCCGAUGUGGCGAGGGCCGCCGUUGUUUCAUCCGGCGCUCACGCACAUGCAACUGUUGAAUUCACCGUUCUUCCCGUUCCAGCAACGCUUCAUCGUACCUUACGUGAAUCAAGUCGGCCCGCCGCAAAUGGUGGCCAGCUUGUCGAGUUCGUCCAGCGAGAGCGUAAGCCCGCGCUCGACCCCGUCGCCGACGAAGAAGAGCGAGGAAAGUCGGGAAUGUCGCGAGGUCGACGGCGAGAUCGCCGAGCGCAACCGACGCUCGAGAGGAGGAUCGGUGGAGGCCGCGUACGACAAAAGUCUGGCCUUCCUUCGAUCCCUCGGGCCUGAACAGGAGGAACCGAUGGAUCUUAGCAUGAAGGACACGCAGACGGACGGACAGGAGGCGGACGCUGGUAGCAUGGAGGAGGAGGAAGAGAGGUCGAGCGACAGCGAGGACAACGAGCUUUUGCAAGACACCGGGCCGCCCCUGGAUCUCACCCGGAAGACAUGACCUCCGAUACCGGAUGAUACUCAAUAGGUGCUCAAUAGGAAUUCGAUCGGAAAGAUCGUUGUUAGCGACGUUCAGGAUUCGUGAGAAUGACCUGAUAAAUGAUGACGCAAUGUCACAGAGCGAUAGUGGUUUAUCGAAGAGUAUACCAUCGAAGCUCCUGCGAAAAAAAAAGUAAAUAGAAGAAGAUAUGGAUGGGUGAGAAAAUAGCGAAGAGGAAGAAGAAUGGAGAAUGCGCGAAUCGUACGAGAUGCAGAGGGAGUGAGAGAAGGUACAGUUAUAUCGUAAUAACGCGGCGAGCGAGAAGCACGGCCAAGUGUCAAAGGUGUUCUUGGCUUAAGAAACGAGAAGAUGACCCACGGGGGAAAGAGGAGUAGCCGAAUACGAUUACGUUGGAACAACACGAGGGAAAAACGGGAGGGAGGGGGAAGAGCGCGGUCGACGCUGAAGGAGAGGAAGAAGUGCCGCGCGCAGCCUGCCGGCAUAAACGCAUUUACGAUCGGUGAUCGGCAUGCCGAUUCAUCGGCAUCGAUGAAAAUUGCUCAAGCCGCUCUGUAUCAGCCGACACACAGUCCCUUUUGCCCGGUCCUAGCCCGGGCAGGUGUACGCUGAUGAAAUGACCGAGGAUCGACUCGCGACGCGUCCUUUUUCGUCCGGAAAACGCACGACGAACUAUUGUGCCUUAUAAGCAGUGCCUUUAACAGUGCGCUGGUAAAACUUACCGGUGAUAGUUUAAUAUUAAAUGAUAUAUAAUCGUUCGCUAUCUACGCUGUAAAAAAAUUCAGCGAAUCUACACAAAUUAGAUGUAUCAUUGCAUAUACAUUGAAUAUGUAUAUAUAUAUUUAAAUUAUUUAUAUAUAUAUAUAUUGCAUUGUGAAAAUGAAAUA